AUGCAGCACGCAGAGGCUGGGAAGCCUUUAAUUAAAUUCAACCACUGUAAGAAAUGCAUCUACAGCUUCAGUGUGCCACGGUGCUGCCCGCUCUGCCGGCAGGACAUGGGCUCUAGGAGGCUGGAGGAAGCACCUGUUAGCAUCGCUAAUCCGUUUACCAACGGGCAUCAAGAAAAAUGUUCCUUCCUCCUCAGACCGACUCAAGGGACGUUUCUUAGGGAGUAUGAUGGAAGGUCUGAUCUUCACGUUGGAAUAACCAAUACAAACGGAGUUGUGUAUAAUUACACCGCGCACGGUGUCCAGCGAGAUGAAGCAGGCUGGGAGCAGAGUGUAAGCAUCCCGUUAUUGCAGCCCGGCAUGUUUGGACUGAGGGACCAGUGGGACAAGUACCUGGAAGACUUCUCCACCACGGGGGCCUGGCUGCCUCACAGGUACGAGGAAGACCACCACAACUGCUACAGUUACACCCUCACAUUCAUUAACCGCAUUCUGACCACGGAAGGCAGGGAGCAACUGGACAAGAAUGAGUUCACGGAGAAAUACGUGGUCCCGAGGACAAGGACGGCGUCCAAGUACAUCGCACUCUACCGGGCAGCAGAAGAGCAUGGCUUCUACGCGGUCGACCACCCUGAUGAGGAGACGAGCCCUCCUCCCGGCGGUGCUUUGUGCUGAGUUGGCUGCGUAACAGCAGGAGGGGCGGAAGCUUGGGGGGGGGACCACCUUUAGUAGGUGUUAGGGAUUUCUAAAUGCGUUAAACUGUGGUUAAUAAAAAAGU